GCGUCCCCCACACUGUGUUCAACGCCGCCGAGGCAGAAGACCCAUCCACGCCCUCAGAGCUUGUCAUCCGCUACACCCUUUCUCCCUGCGGCACCGCCGACGUCUUCUUUGAGAACCUCGCCGGCAUCUGCGCCGACGCCGGCGGCACCGACAAACCCCCACUGCUGCAGAUGGUGCUGCUGUUUGCAGACCACAACGUUGAGUUUGCGUUCGUGCCCCGGCCUGUAUGGCGGGCGAUGGUGCAUGUCGUGGCGCCGCUGGCGCGGCUGCUGGGGUACCGGUCGUCUUACCCUGAAUAUGCCUCCGCCGGCGGCAGGCCGGAGGGCUGGGCGCUGCCUGCGGCCGCGACGUGAUCCGGCCAGGCAGCAGGCCCGCUGCAUCAUGACUAAGGGCUUUGCGCU